GAAAGCGAAUAGAAUUGGAGGAAAACAGAACCUGGCCUGUGCACAAAAUAGCAAAAGGUGAUGAAGGCACAUGGGCGGCACUGUUAGUGCCGUCUUUUGUAGAAGAAGAAGUUGGAGAAUAGCAUUAUAAAAUCGAGUUCAGGAACUCUGGUUUUCACGUGCUCUUUUCUUCUGCAAGUCUCUUCUGCCAUCUUCUUGGGAUCUCCUGCUUUUGUGUUUGUCUCCGAAAAAAAAAUGGAGAGUGUGAAGAAGCAAGGAAGUUCUUCCUCAUUUACUGCUGAACUCUUUGGGUUCAAGGAGUCACCUCCCAAGUCUUCAACUGGGAUUUUUGCUUCCAUCUUCCCACCACCAUCACAGGUGGUAGGGAGAAACUCAUCAAGCUCUGAGCUGACUGAAUAUUGGCGUAAACAGUCCUUGGGAAAUCAAGCAUGGAACCCCAAGCAAGGUAAUCAAGCUAUAAGUAGCGAAGAUGCUUGCUAUAGCUUACCCAACAAGGACCACAGUUCAGUUCGUCAGGAAGAAAGAGCAGAACCAUGUCACCUAAGUUCAUCUCUUUACUAUGGUGGGCAAGAGGUCUAUUCUCAGUCCCCAAGUAACCCUCAUGCCACUGGAUCCUACCCUCUAUUCAAGAAAGAUGCUGGAGAAGAUGAUCCAAAUGGAAGCAAUGCGAACAGUGCUGCCAGAGGAAAUUGGUGGCAAGGUUCGCUCUAUUAUUAGGACCGUGCCUUCCUGGCCAUGGCCUCUGCAUCUAUUUUCAAGGAAUUCAUGAGGCCAGGGCAUGGUUUUUUAAGUAUGGUGAAUAUGUACUAAAUAAGUUGCUGGUGUCAACAGGAGGUUGCAAAGAGAUGCCUCUUAGUCAAGAUGUGCGAAACUUUUAUGUUGGUAAGGUCAACUGUUUCACAGAGUUUAAUAAUACUCUGCACUGGACUAAGUUUCUAUCUGUGGUUUAAAAGUUGUUUUUGCUUUUAAAUUAACGCCUGUAAUGGCCGAUGGGCUAAUGAUAUGAACCUCUUGCUCUUCUAUUAUCAGCAAAUAAAGUUGUUGCUUGAAGUGACUACUGUUUCUUA